CCUGCACUCAAUGUCGGUCAUAUCUUUCUUAACGUUCAGCACUAUGCACUCUAUCUGGCUCGCACUUGUUUGGGCGCUCCUCCUACAGUGCUCUUCCGACCAGUGUCUCACAGCUGCCGCUCCUUCAGUCGGCUUGGUCCGCAGGGAUGGAGGGGGGACUCGUUCGGCAACAUGGGUCCCCAUACUCGUUGUCGUCCUUGCCGUAGCUGCCCUUGUAUUGUAUCUCGCGUUACGUCGGCGACAGUUGCAAAGGCUUGCGGAUAGGGCAGCCCCACUAGCUCGUUCUGCUCGAGAUCGCGCGAUAGGCAGGCGAGGGUCCGAACCCCAGGUUCGGGAAGUCACCGCGGAACAGUUGACGGGAGUCAGAGCUCCUGCUGCUACCGCGAAUCAGACUGGUCAAACGAAUACUUCUGCGACCCCCGGUACCAAUGGGGGGACUACAGGUGCGCCCCGGAGAACGAGAAGACCGGGAAGGACGCCUAGUCAGAUGUCCACUAAGUCUUUGCCUCAAUACAUGAAAGAACCAGGCGAGGACGAGCUCGUAAUCUAUCAAGGCACUCCCGAGACUGACGAUGUUACUGACGCUGACGGCCCCGAAGGGGGCCAUGCCCGUAUCACCUCUGCACGAAUUUCAAUACACACCACGCAAUCAGAAAUGCCACUCUUACGCUCAGAAUCUAACGACUCUUCUAACACCAAUUUGCUCACUGCCAACCGCGAUAGCGCGGCCGCGAGGACCAGCCUGGAGACCAUUGACGAUUCUAUGGAGAACAAUGCUGUUCCAGUUCAGAAUCGAUCUUCCGUUGACAUUUCCGAAUUACCCCCAACCUAUGAUGUCUCUUCAUCACAGCUGAAUGUUUCCAACGCCGCUGCGGCCACCAGCAUGCCCAAUGUGCCUGAAGGAGUCGCAGUCAUGGACUCUUCGCGGCAUGAGCCAGCGACAGGUAUGCGGCGCGGAUUGCGCGGACUGUUCAACGCGAUGAGUAAUCCGACUUCGAGAGGCCAGAGUGCUUCUGCGCCAGCCGUGCCACAGGCCCCUGAUGACACUCGUCAGUCCCGGAUAUCACACACUCACAAUCGCGACAACUCUGGCUAUUCCGUGGGCACUAUCGGCUCCGGCAGCUCACACUCCCACUCGAAUUCGCAUGACGGAGCGCGAUCGGCGAGGCGUACUCACCGCCCAAGCCAGUCGGGCAAUAGUUCUCUAUUCGGUCUCGGUUCAUCCGCAUUCCGCACCGUAUCUCGCCAAAGAUCUAGUAACACAUUAAAUUCCGUUCAUCUGAACUCCCCAUCCACAAUCUCAUUACAUUCUAUCUCCGCACCGUUGAGCCAUACUCUCACAAGGACGGAGAUUGUUUACCCUCGGUCAGGACCUACACCCGAGCAGCUCAAGUUGAUCUCUUCGCGGGAGUCGCUGGGGAGGUUUGGUGUACCGUACGGCCCAGAUGCUAUUGCCUAUGCGGCGUCCUCUUCUAGGUUGAAUUUAUCCAUCCCUCCCCCUGAUUUCGAUGCUUCAGUUGCCGCCACAUCGCGUCCCCGUACUGGCGACUCGAGCAGAUCACAAGGCGAGAUGGUGAGGCCCUCUACAGGCCAGUCGCAUUCCCAAACGGAGUCCCCUGAUAGUACGACGAGCCUCGAACCGAGCCCUCAAGACCGUACCGACACGCCCGCGGAUACGCGUGACGUUGAGGGGACGCCCGCCCAGGAGCCUGAAGCGCCGAAGCCAGAAGCAGACGUGCAUGAGGCAGGACGAUCCCAAGAAGUUGCGUCUUCGAUUACAGCUGAGACGGAGACUCCUCGGAACACCGUCAUAGGACUCGCAGGGCCAAGCAAUGGACAAACCGCCUCGGCUGCUCCUCCCUCGUCUUUCAAGCCAGUCCAAGAAUUCCGUGCAGUCUCCAGAGCGAGCACGUUGCAGUCGUUCGCGACGGCUGAAGAGUCUAUGCCUACGACGCCUUCUACUGAGGUCUUCGUUGAUGUGGAGCCUCCGACACCGUCUGCUUCCAGUCCCGCCGCUUCGGAGCCCUCGACACCGAGACUGGCCCCUGCGCACAUGCAAGAGCCCACUGAUGCAACCAUUAUGCCUGUUGUGGCUCAAACAGCCGUUCAUUGAUGCGCUCCACCAUUAGGUGGGCGUGCGGGUUGGGGUUUGCAUACCAUUCCAAGUUCUCGAUGGGUGUGCUUCGGGUAACGCAGUCGCGUACUGGAAUCAUUUUGCCAGAGAAAUAUUAGAUCAUUCCCUCUCCAUUCUGGGGCUUUGGUUCAUCAUAUAUUCAACGGACGGUCAACUUCCCGAUAUCUUGCUACAACAUGUAUCCGCUUCCGUUAAUAGAUUAGUAGAUCUGUGUAUGAGUAUGUAGACUGCCGCCCCGUCCAUCGCAUUGUUUUGCCCACUCAUGUAGGUGCGAGUAAGACGUGCGUUGUAACUUGUUACACGAUGCAUCCUACUAGUAAAUUG